AUGCUAGGUUCAUUACCUAUAUUGCCUCUCCCUGCCCCUCCUGCUGAUGGAAAUCUAGGUCCUCUCCCUGAGUCUCAAGUGUCUGAGGAGAGGACUUCCAAUGAAGAGCAGAACAAAUCGAAUUCGGCUUCUGUUCCAGUGCCAGCAACAGUUGCCACUCACACAAGAACCAUUGGAAUUAUACAUCCUCCUCCAGAUAUUAGGACCAUUGUUGAUAAAACCUCCCAGUUUGUGGCUAAAAAUGGUCCAGAAUUUGAAAAGAGAAUUAUUGCAAAUAACACGGGCAAUGUCAAAUUCAAUUUCCUCAGCUCAUCAGAUCCCUAUCACGCUUAUUAUCAACAUCGAUUGGCUGAAUUUCGUGCUCAAAAUCAAUCAUCAGGACAGCAAAUUUCUUCCCAGACAGCAGACUUGGCUGUUCCUGAGUCAGCUCAAUCCGCUCCUGACCCUGAUAGUAAUGGCAUAACAACAGUAGAAAAGCUCGAUGUUUCUGCCCAAUUUAAACCUGUUAGGAAAGUACUUGAACCCCCUGAAGCAGAACAGUAUACUGUUCGGCUUCCUGAAGGAAUUACGGGUGAAGAGUUGGAUAUUAUAAAGCUUACAGCACAAUUUGUGGCUCGAAAUGGGAAAUCUUUUUUGACAGGGUUGACAAGUAGGGAAGUUAAUAAUCCCCAGUUCCACUUUCUGAAACCAACCCACAGCAUGUUUACGUUUUUUACUUCCCUUGCGGAUGCAUAUUCGAAGGUUUUGAUGCCACCAAAGGGGUUGACGGAAAAGCUGAAGAAGAGUGUGUCUGAUAUGACUACUGUCCUUGAAAGGUGUGUGAAUAGGUUUGAAUGGGAGCGAUCCCAAGAGCAAGCUAGACAAAAGGCUGAGGAUGAGAUAGAACAGGAGAGAAUACAAAUGGCUAUGAUUGAUUGGCAUGAUUUUGUGGUGGUUGAAACAAUAGAUUUUGUUGAUGAGGAGGACGAAGGAUUACCUCCCCCAAUGACUAUUGAGGUGGUUAUAAGGAGAAGCAAGGUGUCAGCCACAGAAGAAGAUACUGUUGAACCUGAAAAAGAGGUUGAAAUGGAAAUGGAUGACGAAGAGGCCCAGCUUGUUGAAGAGGGAAUGAGAGCUGCUAGUUUGGAAGACCCAGAUGAUGGGAAGCAAAAUGAAGUUAAAGUUACGGAAGACCCGGAACCACCAAUGAGAAUUGUUAAGAACUGGAAGAGACCAGAGGAGAGGAUUCCUGCGGAAAGAGAUUCAGCCAAGUUUGUUGUUUCUCCUAUCACUGGUGAAUUGAUUCUUAUCAGUGAAAUGUCAGAACAUAUGCGAAUUUCUCUCAUUGAUCCGAAGUACAAAGAACAAAAAGAAAGGAUGUUUGCCAAAAUUAGAGAGACAACUUUGGCUGCCGAUGACGAAAUUUCAAGAAACAUUGUUGGACUUGCCCGGACCCGUCCUGAUAUAUUUGGGACCACGGAAGAAGAGGUCUCCAAUGCUGUCAAGGCAGAGAUUGAGAAGAUAAAUGACGAGCAACCCAAGCAGGUUAUAUGGGAUGGUCACACAGGUAGUAUUGGGCGUACUGCAAACCAAGCCAUGUCACAGAAUAUUGGAAACGAGGACCAAAAUGAUACUUCUAAUAAUGAAACCAAGAACCUUCUUGGUCCUGCUGCACCUCCUCCAAGACCUGGUAUGCCUUCGGUUCGUCCUCUUCCGCCACCACCUGGGUUGGCUUUAAAUCUUCCUCGUGGUCCUGUGCAAUAUUCUGGUCCUCUUAGUGGUGCCCUUCCAAUUCAUCCACCCAGGCCACCAGUCAUGCCGAUGAUGCCAUCUGUUCGUCCUGCUCCUCCUCCAAUGCCGAUGACUUUUGGGCAGCAGUCAGUUAUGGCUGGUCAACCACUUCCCGGGCCUCCAACAAUUCAUAUGAAUAACCAAGGAUUUGCAAUACCUCCACCACCAGGAUCUCAGUUCACCCCUGUUCCAGUUCCUCGACCUUAUGUUCCUCUUCCUGUUCCACCAUCAGUUAUGCCUAUGAUGCAUCCACCACCUUUGCCUCAAGGAGUGCCACCACCACCACCACCGCCAGAAGAGGCCCUUCCCCCACUCCCAGAAGAACCAGAACCAAAGAGGCAGAAGCUUGAUGAUUCUGCUCUGAUCCCUGAAGAUCAAUUUCUGGCUCAACAUCCUGGACCUGUUCGUAUCACUGUAUCUGUUCCUAAUGUUGAUGAAGGAAAUCUUAAGGGACAAAUUCUGGAAAUUACAGUGCAAUCUUUGUCUGAAACCGUUGGUAUUUUGAAGGAAAAAAUCGCUGGGGAGAUUCAGCUCCCUGCUAAUAAGCAGAAAUUGAGUGGAAAGCCAGGCUUUCUCAAGGAUAAUAUCUCACUUGCCCACUACAAUCUUGGUGGAGGUGAAACACUGACCCUGACCUUGAGAGAGCGUGGAGGUAGAAAGAGAUGA